UAUCCUUCUUCGGCGCUUCCUCCAUUGCGGCUCCUCUGAAACCAUUGGCAGAGAGAGAGAGGUGCGGUUGAUUGGGAUUAUUAAGUGAUGUUGGUGCUGUUCGAAACUCCAGCGGGCUUUGCCCUAUUCAAAGUAUUAGAUGAAGGGAAGCUUGACAAAGUUGAGGAUCUGUGGAAGGAAUUUUCAACUUCAGAAUCAGCCAGAAAGGUAGUGAAGCUGAAAGCUUUCAGUAAAUUUGAGAACACUUCUGAAGCUUUAUCCACAGCAACCUUAUUGAUUGAUGGUAAACCUAGCAAGGGCCUCCGCAAGUUUUUGCGUGCUCACUGUGAAGGUGAAGCAUUAGCUGUUGCUGAUUCCAAACUUGGAAAUGCAAUUAAAGAAAAACUGAAAAUAGACUGCCUUCACAACAAUGCUGUCAUGGAGCUAAUGAGGGGACUAAGGAGCCAGCUUACAGAACUAAUAUCUGGGUUAGCGGUGCAAGAUUUAGCUCCAAUGAGCUUGGGUUUGUCACACAGCCUAUCUAGGUACAAGCUGAAAUUCAGCCCUGAUAAGGUGGAUACAAUGAUUAUUCAGGCCAUUGGCUUGUUGGAUGAUCUUGAUAAAGAGCUUAACACUUAUGCCAUGAGAGUUCGUGAAUGGUAUGGAUGGCAUUUUCCUGAACUUGCUAAAAUUAUACCAGAUAACAUUCAGUAUGCAAAAGCAGUUAAGCUGAUGGGCAAUCGUGCAAAUGCAGUACAACUUGAUUUCUCUGAGAUAUUGUCAGAGGAGACUGAAGCAGAGCUGAAAGAGGCAGCAGUGAUAUCCAUGGGAACAGAAGUUAGUGAUCUCGACUUAGCAAAUAUCAGAGACCUUUGUGACCAAGUGUUAUCUCUUUCAGAGUAUAGAGCUCAGCUGUAUGAUUACCUGAGAAGCAGAAUGAAUACUAUUGCGCCAAAUCUGACUGCUCUUGUUGGGGAACUUGUUGGAGCUCGUCUUAUUGCUCAUGGUGGUAGUUUAUUGAAUCUAGCAAAGCAACCUGGGAGCACAGUUCAGAUUCUUGGUGCAGAGAAGGCCCUGUUUAGAGCUCUGAAGACGAAGCAUGCUACACCAAAAUAUGGGCUUAUCUUCCAUGCAUCCUUAAUUGGUCAGGCAGCCCCAAAGCUCAAGGGGAAGAUUUCUCGUUCCCUUGCUGCAAAAACUGCAUUGGCCAUCCGAUAUGAUGCCCUUGGCGAUGGUCAAGACAACACUAUGGGACUGGAAAAUCGAGCUAAGCUUGAGGCCCGUUUAAGAGUUCUUGAAGGCAGAGAAUUGGGCCGUUCUGCUGGCUCAACUAAAGGCAAGCCCAAGAUCGAGUUCUACGACAAGGACCGAAAGAAGGGUGCAGGGGCUCUGAUUACUCCAGCAAAGACUUACAAUCCCUCAACUGAUCUAGUCCUCGGCCAGAGCACCGAACCAGCUGCGAAGUCAGCUGAUGAACAGGAGCAGGCACAACCUAGAAAGAGGAAGCAUGAGGAAGUAGAGGCUGCGGAAGAAGCUACCUUGAAAGAAGGGGGUGUCGAUGAUGGGGAGAAAAGGAAGAAGAAGAAAAAUAAGGCUGAUACAGAGAGCACCCCCCAAUUACAAAUGAAUCAUCAGACUGCUGCAGCCGAGCCAGAAGAAGACCAGGAGAAAAAGAAAAAGAAGAAGAAGAAGAAAUCUGAAGCUCACAAUACUACUGUAGGGUUGGAGGAUGAAGAUCAGGCUGUUGUGCCAGAAGCUGAAAAGGAGCCCGGCAGAAAAGAAAAGAAGAAGAAGAGAAAGCAAAUUGAGGCAGAGGAGGAGCCCAGCAACCAAAUAAAGGAACAAGAAGCAGCAGAAACAGGAAAGAAGAAAAAGGAAAAGAAGAAGAAAGGCAAGAAGAAGGAUGAGUAAUGAUGUGUAUGGUAGAGAAUAAGUGACGAAAUCUGCAAUUUUGCGUAGUUCAUUUAGAUUUUAAGUCAGAUAAGUCUGUAAAUAUUUAACUAUUUUUGUUAUGAUACUUUGGAUUGAUUAUGUGUGUUUAUUUUUUUUAAAAUUGUUUAUAUUAUCUGGCAAGAACAGCUCCUUUCAUGGUUGAAGCCUAA